CCAGCGUCUCCAGGUCCUGCUCCGCCGUCGUCCCUCUGUCGUGUUCGUCGCCAGCUCCCCGUCGUCCGUCGCCAGCUCGCCAGUGUUCGUCGCCAGCUUCUCGUCGUCUGUGGCUCUCCCUCAAAUCUCUGGUCACUGCCCUCGCGGAAGAUUGAUAAAUGAAGCACAUUGUGAAGAUUUUCUCAUUGGUGGUGGCCAUCACUGCAUUAUGGAUUGGCCUCUUACAAUCAUCUGUAAUUCCACGUAGUCAUACUUGGCUGCUACCAGUCUAUUUUGUUGUGUCUUUAGGAUGUUAUGGUCUGUUAAUGGUUGGAGUUGGUCUGAUGAAUUUCCCAACCUGUCCUCAAGAAGCUCUGCUGUUGCAAGAGGACAUUGUGGAGGCUAAGGAAUAUCUGAAGCAAAGAGGAGUUGAUGUUAGCUCUAGCUGAUAAUAAUUUGUUGAUUCAGAAUUAGCUGCUAACAAUUACUUAAUGGGAGUCGCAAAGAAUUUUGUCAAACAAUGUACGCAAAUACUAAAACGGGAAAUGUUUGGAUUAGCCCUACUGUACAUGGAAUUCUUUUUACUUCGAUAAACUUUUCUUUUCUUUUUAUCUUUUUUGUAAUUAAAUUUUGAAUCCUGACUAUGUUUAUGAAAAUGUUUCGACAGCAUUCACAUGAUCUUUUGAAAA